CUCGGCACAUGCUGCACAGAGGAAAUGAGCUGACACAUAAGAGCAUCUCAUCUGGUUGUCAUGCAUCUCAACUGAAUUUAUUUUCUACAGAGACAUUUCACAGCAAGGGGAACCAAGGCAUUAUGGGAGCGUCUUCUUCUGGCUUGUUGGAUGAGGCCAAAAUCAGCCACAUUAAAGGAAUUAUUGACAGCACGUUCCAGGACUUCAGUGUGUUUUACCGUCAGCAGUACUCUUCUGCCUAUGUUGGACACUUACACCAGGAGGUGGAGCCUAAGAAAGAGGGGAGAGGCCUGUUGCUGACUCAGAGGCCUGAGUGUGCUCCAGAGGAGGUGCUGUACCAAGGUAAUGUGAAGUUCUCCUGCUGGGAUGAGCAGGGAAAGAAAUUCAGAGAGAGGUACGCCGUCCUGAGGAGAGACUACAAAGUUGAGAUACAUGAAAACAAGGAGUCUUUCAAUCGUGGAUGUGCCGCUAAGUUGGUCCUCCAGCCAACAGGGGGCAGUGUGCUGACCUCAGAACAGGAGUCCAGAGCUCACCUGGAGAAAAUGUGUGAUGGAAUACUCAACGGAGUGAAGGAGGAUUCUUCUCCGGUGGUGUCAUCUCCAGAUGUGAUUGCUGUGUAUCUGCACCUGCCCUACACAGGCCAUGCCUGCUUCCUCUUUCAGCAGGAAGAAGAACGAGAUCACUUCCUGUCUGCGCUCAAGACCUGCAUUAGACACCGUAACCUUGACCCCUGGUGUGAGUCCUCCUACGAGAGCCAGGCAUACAUGCGAGCACUCCGACUCUACCGACAGGACAAAGGAUGCUAUGAAUCCUGGGAUAUGCUGCUCGGAACAGAGGAGGAGGUUCUGGCCUCCCAGGUGAUGGAGGAAGUGUUGCCCUGGUUGCAGAGUCAGCUUCAGUCCAAAGUGAAGGGCAAGAAGACAGAGAGGAUACGACAGUGGUUGGCUACAGUGCACGUAACCUACACGUUGGCGCUGGAACAGCUGAUAUCAAGUAUGGUGGUUCUGAGGGAGGAGUGUCGUCAGACAGCAUCAGCCAAUCAAGCGCUGAUCAGAUCCAACCUAGACCAGAUAAUGUCUUCUCUGUCCUUCCUGGAGCAGAAAGUCAGAGUGUGUAUACGUGAAGAAGCAGAGAAAGUGUACAGCGAAUCUGUGGCCCCCUACAUGUCCUCCAUCCUUGAAGUACUUACAGAGAACAUAAGUGCAGGGAUUCACGGAAUGCAACACACACUGCACACACAGAUGGACUCUGCCUUCACACACACAAAGGGAGGAACAGAGGACACCAAGAAGGCCUUGUUCUCUCUGCGCUCCAUCAGUCUGGAUCAGUGCUACAGGCAGGUGAAGAACCUCACAGAGACGCUUGCUGACUUAAAACUGCGGUUUGGAUUGAGCAGCACACAGAGGCUGGUUCACUCUGCACAUCUGGAAAUGGAGCAGCUGCUGGACAGUGCUGUGUACACCUUAGAGCUGUUCCUCCAGUCAUCGGCCAGACUGCAGCCUUCUGAAAUUCCUGUCAAGAUGGAGAGAGCUAAAGAAAGAGUGCUGAAGCAGCUGGACUACGACAGCAGAGUUGUCCAGAGGAGGCUCUAUCAGGAAGCUCUGUUGGAGAUCACUCUGCCUGCUCUCACCAGGAGGAUGGACAUCAAGUGGAAAACUGAGCUGCAGCAGUUUGAGCAGUACAUCUCCUCUGACUACAGCAGCUUCAUCCUGAUCCACAAUGUCCAUGAGGAUGUUCUGAGAAACAUCCUCAGCACGGAGAUAGAAACAGUGGUGCGGGAUGCUGCCAGUAAGAACAGCAACAAUCUCUUACUGGACAUGUCGGACCUGGCCAUCAGUGAGUACAGUCUGUUGGGACAGACGCCUGCUUGCUCCGCACUAGACAGCCCAGCCAAUUAUGCUCAAGAUGUUUCUUCACCCGGGCCCAGUGCAGAUACAGAGUCUGCUCCUGUGGUGGAGGAGGAGGCUCAGACGACAGCUCAGACUGACCCAGAACUUAAUGCUGCAGCUGAAUCUGAUCCCAGCUCCACUCAAGGUUCUGACCAGAGAACCUUGCCUCUAUCUCCAGUGAUUGUUGUGAAACAACAGUUUAAUGAAUCUUCAACUGAGGAGGUUUCUCGCUCAGAGGAAAUCCAUCAAGAUCCUCAACCUGGAACUGACACACAAUCGAUGACGGAUUCGACCACAGCUGAUACUGGAACACCUGACCACUCUAUUAUCCCAGAACCCUCUAAUCCGACCCCAGUCUCUCCUGAGUCCUCAGUGUCCUCGCUGCAGUCCACAGAUGUCCUGGCUGAAUGUGCUCUAAGCGAUCAAUCUGCAACACUUGAAAGUUCUGCUUCCUCAGACCAAACACCAGAGGAUGCUUCUGUCAUCCAGCCCUGCUGCCCUUCACCACCAAAACCAUUUUCCACAGACAGUCCGACAAUUAUCAGCCUGGAGUCACUAAACGAGGCCAUCAGUUGCAACGCCAAUGAACCUUCUGUUACAAUGGUACCGCAGACUACUGACAGAGCAGUUUACCUGACAGGAGACAUCAAGGACAGCUGGGAGGUGGAGAGGGUAAAAGAGGAGAAACAAAACGAGGCAGAAGAAGAAGAGAAGACUGAAGGUGAUGAAGACAAAGGUAGCGAGCUUGAGAAAAUUGAUGAGGGGGAAGCAGAUGAGAGAGAAGAACACACAGGAAAAACAGUGCAGGAAGAGGAAGUGGAACAGGAGCAGCUCCAAAAUCCUCAGCCAAUGGAAAUGCAGCCAGAGAGUUCUGCCGAGUCGCCAUUGGACAGUGUGGCUAUUAUCAGAGAGCUUGUGACAGAGAUCACUGAAGUGGAGACGGUCGUCAGCCCCUGUCCCAACAACAACGCACCCUUACAGUCACCUGACCUGGACAAGUGUGGACCAUGACCGAUGGGACCACAGUUGAUAAAGAUGGACGUGUCUCCACUUCCACCUACUUAACAAAAAUGAAGCCAAAUUAUCCUGACAUUUGGAGUCUGAUGGUGGUGGGAAGCCAGCCCCCCUUAGCUCGACCAAUCAUGAGUCAGUCUCACCUGUCAAUCACCUGUCCCACUCCAUUAUUGUGGCAUCAAAUUAUGGAGAAAAAAAACCGACCUAAUGAUAAGAACUACCUUAAAUGACAGAAACCAUCUUUGGAAAAAGAAAUUGACAUGUGCUUUUACUUUUAGUUUGGUACAUGUCCCAACUGCUCACAUAGAAGAGAUGGGGUUCAGCCAGCCACCAGGGGUCAUACAAGAUGUUUUGGCUUCACUUUUGGGAGUCGUCCUAUCCUCCAUCUUUAUAUCCACUCAUUGAAAAAAAGUCAAACCCAUUCCAUUAAUAGUUUGUCACAUUGUCAACAUGAAAUUUAAAAUGUGUACUUGUUUCUUUUCGGCUAACACUCAAAUGGAUAAAACUAAUAAAGAUGCUGUCAGCAUCAUGUUCUUGAA